AUGGAGACAUCUUUCAAGUACGGCACCCUUCAUCCUCCAUUGCUCCCCUCUAAGGAAGACAUCGCCAUAUGUCACUUUUAUCACUCUACAGUCGAGAUUCUAUCGAUCCAUGAUCCAACACUUUCUCUCCAGGAGCAGCUACCGCGCCUUCAUGCUGCAUGUAGGCAGGAUUCGGCUUUGCGCUUGGCAUUGGAGGCAGUGUCGCUUGUCGCUUCUGCGAAAAUCAUACCCCAAGCUGUCCAACUGGGAUUGAAAAGAUACCUCAAGGCUGUUCGAGCCCUGAGGGAAGCAAUGCAGAGCGAGGAACGAGACCCAUAUUACCAAGCGUUGUAUAGUGUUCUGCUCCUUUGUGGGUAUGAGACCAUGACUGGCCAUUUGUGUAUGCCUUCGGCAUGGGGUACCCAUGUGGACGGGGCGCUAGCUCUUCUUAAGCUCCAGACAACUCACGUUGACUCUCCCCUAUUCCGCGGCAUGUACUUCUUUGUCCAGAAGAACGUGGUUAUGAGCCAGAUGCAGAUCUGUCAACCUGUUGAUGAAAUCUUCACUCAAGGGCUUACCUCUUCAUUUCAUGACCCAGAGACCCGCCUGCUUUCAAUAGCAGCUGGCAUACCACGGCUUCAACACCAAAGUAUCGAUCUUACACAACUCAGGGCGAACGAUAUAGAAAGAAUAGUCUACGAUGCUAAUGCGUUGGAUUUCCUUCUGUCCACUUGGGGUAAAGGGCUCCCAACUGCUUGGUCUUACGCCACUGCACUGAAUAUCAACAGUGAUGCAUGCUCAGAAUACUCUCCGCAAAGCGUCCACAGAUAUGCCCACUUUUACACGGCUCGCGUAUGGAACUUUUGCCGUGUCUCGCAGCUUAUCCUUCUUUCAAUUCAACUUCGCGCAUCCUCUAUCCUAACUGCAUCAUUAGAUACCAGCCAGAUCAGAAAGCGAAUGGCUGCAUUGGUGGAUGAUAUAUGCGCAACUGUGCCUUAUCUUCUGGGCAAGGAUCUCUGCAAGAUAAACCACCAUUUCGUCACCAGCCACCGAACGCCGGACGCCUCUUUGCUGACCUCAGGUUCUACUGUUAAGAAAGUUGGGAAUGUACAAAAUGGGAAGUUUUCUCUCGUCUGGCCUUUAUAUGUCGCUUGCAGUGCUUCGGAAGUACCACAGGGACAAAGGAAUUGGAUACGCAAGCAGCUUCAAUAUCUUGCACAAGGCGGUGUCCCUAUUGCCCAGACGCUCUGCAACACGGAGAGCCAGAUACUCCUUGGUAGACCUGAGGUGUUUCGUUUUGACUGCGUAUGA